GUUUCGAACGAGGAGAAGACGAUUAGGCGAUUAUCGGCCGCUGCAUUUAAAGUGAUUCUGUCACGGGAUCACCCGGGUAAUCUUACAACGCAACCUAUAACCCAACGUAACCUUAAGUGACCGAGGUGCAGGUUGCAGGUGCAGUAGAAUCAUAAGAAUCGAAUGACAACAAUACAUAGUGGAUGUCAUUAUGGAUAUGGAAUUGAAAGAUUUAUUACGGAACUGCGCUUCAGCAAAGAAACCGAAUGAAAACUCUAGUAAUGAGGAGAAAGAGGAUGAAUACUUUCGAAGCAUGUAUCAGCAGUGGAAAGGUGUAAAGGCGAAAGACAAUGAUACUACAUACAAAGUUAUACCAAAGUUCUAUUUCAAAUUGCCGAAGGAGGAUGAAAUUUUACCACAAAAGUUACGCGAAGAGACACGUGCCUUAUUCUUGCAAAGGCGCUCUCGGCAAUUGCUCGAUAAUAAUGAACUAAAAGCAUUAUGGGUUUUGUUGGACAAAUAUCAUAGUCCACCGUUGUCAGGGGACGAACAGUUGAUUAAUUAUGAGGAUUUUAAGAAAGUGGGGAAACUGGCAGGAGCAAAAUGCAGUUCAUAUUUUACCGCAGUUGUUUUUGCUAAACUGCAACAAGGAGAUCCGCAUGGUAGAAUUAGCAUCAUGGCAUUAUUCAACUACGUCAUGAGAAAAGUCUGGUUGCAUCAAACAAGGAUCGGUCUUUCUUUAUAUGAUGUGACAGGGCAAGGAUAUCUCAGAGAGUCAGAUCUGGAAAACUACAUUUUAGAAUUGAUACCGACGUUACCGCAACUUGAAGGUCUUGAAAAGUCCUUUCAUUCUUUUUAUGUGUGCACAGCUGUGAGAAAAUUUUUAUUUUUUUUGGAUCCUCUUCGAACUGGACGAGUGCGUAUUCAAGAUAUUUUAGCAUGUAGUUUUCUAGAUGAUCUUUUAGAGUUGAGGGAUGAGGAUUUGCCAAAAGACCUCCAGGAAGCAAAUUGGUUUUCUGCACCUUCGGCACUCAAAGUAUAUGGACAGUAUCUUAAUCUUGACAGAGAUCAUAAUGGAAUGCUAAAUAAAGAAGAACUUGCUGGAUAUGGUACUGGGACUUUAACUGGUGUCUUCCUUGAACGGAUAUUUCAAGAGUGUCUGACUUAUGAAGGAGAGAUGGACUAUAAAACUUAUUUAGAUUUCGUUUUAGCAUUAGAAAAUAGACAUGAACCUCAGAGUCUUCAUUAUCUGUUUCGUAUUCUUGAUAUCAACAAUCAUGGUUACUUAGAUACAUUUUGUCUUAACUAUUUCUUUAGAGCUAUACAAGAACAGAUGACAAUGCAUGGUCAAGAACCUGUUAGCUUUGACGACGUUAAAGAUGAGAUAUUUGACAUGGUCAAACCAGCAGAUCCAUGUAAAAUUACAUUGCAGGAUUUACUGUCUUGUGGGCAAGGUGACACGAUGGUCAGUAUUUUAAUCGAAUUCCAUGGCUUUUGGGCAUAUGAAAAUCGUGAGGCCAUGGCAGCUGAUACCGGGGACGAAUCAUCUCAUGUAUGACGAAAAAAAAACACUAUUCCCAAAUAUGAUAUAAAUAUUCCACGGGGAUAAUAGAUAACUUUAUAUAUUGACAUACUGUAUGUAUGUAAUUAAAACUAUUUGUUGUAAUUUAUUUUUUAAUCAAUAAAAUUUUUAUAAUUCAUAAUUUA